AUGCCUGAACAAUUGUCUAUGGACCAUGAGAAGGCUUCGGUCCCUCCCCAGGGCUUCUUUGACCGCUCAUUACUGGCCCCAAACUUAUCCUCAUUGGACGAGUACAAGAAAUUGUACAAACAGUCCAUUGAGGAUCCUGGAACUUUCUUCGGCAACCAAGCAAAGGAGCUUUUGUCUUGGGAUAGACCCUUCGACGUAGCUCGUUUCCCACAUGACCCUAAGGACGAUUUCAAGGAUGGAGAUUUGCCUGCUUGGUUUCUUGGUGGUCAAUUGAACGCCUGUUACAAUGCCGUUGAUAGAUGGGCCAUCGAGACUCCAGACAAGGCCGCUAUCAUUUACGAGGGUGACGAGCCAGACACUGGCCGCAUCAUUACUUACGCAGAAUUGUUGAAGGAUGUGUGCAAAUUGGCACAGGCGUUGCUGAAGUUGGGUGUCAAGAAAGGCGACACCGUCGCAGUUUACUUGCCUAUGAUCCCUGAGGCUUUGGUAACCUUGUUGGCCAUUGCACGUAUCGGUGCCGUUCACUCGGUUGUCUUUGCGGGUUUCUCGUCAACCUCAUUGAAAGACCGUAUUGUUGACGCUGACUCUCGGAUUGUCAUAACUGCAGAUGAGUCUAAGCGUGGUGGUAAGACCAUUGAGACAAAGAAGAUCGUUGACGAUGCCUUGAAGGACUUGCCUCAAGUUCGUAACGUUUUGGUUUUCAAGCGCACCGGCAACCUGCACGUUCCUUUCAACGCUGGCCGUGACUUGUGGUGGCACGACGAGCUUGCCAAGUACGGCAACUACUACCCUCCAACUCCUACUAACGCUGAGGACCCAUUGUUCUUGUUGUACACCUCUGGCUCUACAGGUAAACCCAAGGGUGUCCAACACAACGUGGCAGGAUACUUGCUUGGCGCCUUAUUGACCACCAAGUACACCUUCGAUGUGCACAAAGAGGAUGUUCUCUUCACUGCCGGUGACAUUGGUUGGAUCACCGGUCACACUUACUGUGUCUAUGGUCCAUUGCUCAACGGUGCUACUACUGUUUGCUUUGAGGGUACUCCCGCUUACCCUGACUUCUCGCGUUACUGGCAAAUUGUCGACAAGUACAAGGUUAAUCAGUUCUACGUGGCCCCUACUGCUUUGCGUUUGUUGAAAAGGGCAGGUACCUCUUUCAUCGAAAAGUACAGCUUAGAAUCCUUGCGUGUUCUCGGCUCUGUUGGUGAGCCUAUUGCCGCCGAGGUCUGGCAUUGGUACAAUGACAACAUCGGCCGUGGUAAAGCCCACAUUGUCGACACCUACUGGCAAACUGAGUCCGGCUCCCACUUGUUAACUCCACUUGCUGGUGUGACUCCUACAAAGCCUGGUUCGGCAUCCUUGCCUUUCUUUGGUAUCGAUGCUCACAUCUUGGACCCAGUCACCGGUGAAGAAUACACUGAAGACGGUGUUGAAGGUGUUUUAGCCAUCAAGAAUGCUUGGCCAUCCAUUGCUAGAGGCAUUUUCAACGAUUACAAUCGUUUCAUUGACACUUACCUCGGAGCUUAUUCCGGCUACUACUUUACCGGUGAUGGUGCUGCUCGUGACAAGGAUGGUUUCUACUGGAUUCUUGGCCGUGUUGACGAUGUUGUUAAUGUGUCUGGUCAUCGUUUGUCUACUGCCGAAAUUGAGGCUGCUUUGAUUGAGCACGAUUUGGUAGCUGAGAGCGCCGUCGUCGGAUACGCUGACGAGUUGACUGGUCAAGCCGUGGCUGCAUAUGUUUCGUUGAAGUCUAGCUUCAAGGCUGACGACAAAGAGACUAUUGAGGCCGUUAAGAAGGAGUUGAUCUUGACUGUCAGAAAGGAAAUUGGUCCAUUCGCCGCACCAAAGAUGAUUUUAUUGGUUGAUGACUUGCCAAAGACUCGUUCCGGAAAGAUUAUGAGAAGAAUCUUGCGUAAGGUAUUGGCUGGCGAGGAGGAUCAAUUGGGAGACAUUUCGACUUUGUCCAAUCCUGGUGUAGUGCUGCAAAUCAUUGACAUUGUCAAGGCCACCCGCAAGUAA